AUGUUCAAACGCUCUUUUCCCCCGAAAGAUCGUUCGGGCAAGAUCACCAAACCCACGAAGAGAUCGAUUAGCGGGACUGCGAAGAAGAAGAUCAUCGAGAAGGUGGACAGUCCGAUGGAGGGAGGCGCCUCGCCGCCUCUCACCAGCGCCAUCGUCACCAUCGUCGUGGGACGAGACGAGCGACUGUUCGCCGCUCACGAAGACGUACUGAGUCACUCACCUUGGUUCACCGAGGUGUGUCGGGACCAGUUCUUCGAACCCAACUCUCGACGUAUCUUCCUUCCCGACGAAGAACCCGAGGUUUUCUCCUGUAUCCUCGAGUACCUGUACAAAGGUGACUACUACCCGCGGCUCGUCCACGACAAGCGGCGGAACACCUGGCUACUCGAGGGCGAAAACCUCGACCUUAAAACCGGCGGUCGCGGGGCCGUCGAGCCGACAAUCUUCCAUUCCGGCGUGGGCGACUUCAUUCUCCGCGACACGGCCGUGUACUGUGCGGCGCAUCGAUACGGCCUCGACGAGCUCAAGAAAGUGGCUCUGCGCAAGCAGGGACUGCAGUCUGGCAUCGAGGUCGCCAUCAUCCUGCGCAGCGCCCGGUACGCCUACGAGAACACGCCGGACACCGACUCGCGCCUGCGCGCUCACUACCUAGCACUGAUCAUCCGUUGCCGCAAGACCUUCAAGCGUAGUGGCACUAUGCAGAUGGAGAUGGAGAUGGGUGGCAAGCUGUUCUUUGAUCUGUUCGUCGCCAUGUGCAACCACAUGGAUGAUUUGGAGGGGUUGUCCACUAAGGCGUCUCCCCGAACCAUCUAA